AUCGCAUAUUCCCCAGCAAUAUAGGGAUUAUUUUGCGAAAAACCCCAUUCUUCCCAUGCCGUGCUGCACUAGAACGUCUUCGACUCACGCGAUGAAGGAAGAGAACUAUAUCCGCCGGCGGCUCUCCCUCUGCCCCACAGCAAUUACCGCUCAGAAGAAUGAGGCAAACAAUCUAACGCGGAAUCUGUCCUUCAGCGCUGAGAACGAGAUCGCGCCCCUCGACGAAGGAAACAAUAAGGACCUCCCUGGUUCACCGGUCUUGAAGGAUGAAAUUCUCCCUUCGCCAAAUUCUGCUAAUAAGACGGAUAAUAACUUUAAGCUCUGUAACGGGGCGGAUAAGGAGUGCGCGUCUCCCACGACUAAAUCAGCGAGGACAGACGCUCUGAAGGUACAGAAGAAAAAUUACCGUCAAGAGAAGAAGCGAGCGACCAAGCAGCUAUUCAGUGCUUUAAAAGACCCCAGUGUGGUGAUUGUAGCAGACUGGCUAAAGAUCCGCGGAACGCUGAAGAGUUGGACUAAGCUGUGGUGCGUUCUGAAACCGGGAUUACUUCUAAUAUAUAAAACGCCAAAGAUCGGUCAGUGGGUGGGAACGCUGCUUUUACAUUCCUGUGAACUGAUAGAGAGGCCGUCGAAAAAGGAUGGGUUUUGCUUUAAGCUUUAUCACCCGCUGGAUCAGUCAAUCUGGGCCGUCAAGGGUCCGAAGGGGGAGAACGUCGGGUCCAUCACCCUCCCUCUGCCCAGCAGUCACCUCAUAUUCAGAGCCGCUUCGGAAUCAGACGGUCGAUGUUGGAUGGAUGCUCUUGAGUUGGCUCUUCGCUGCUCCAGCCUCUUUAAGAUAAAUGUGCCGAAGCCAGGGAAAGACGGGGACAUGAUCGUCUCACCUGAGGUCAAUCACACCGGCCUGUACACUUUGCUCCAGACGGCCACCAUCUCUGAACACGAGCUCUUUCAGCUUAAUGAAUCUUUACUGGAAAACGAUGCCCUGUCCGACAAGUCGGAGAAAGACACCAUAGAAGAAUCCGAAAACGAAUACAGCCGCAAAACAAGCGAAAGCGACCAGUCCGAGCUGCAAGGAGACAUCUCCCUCGACCGAGAAGGAACAACCUACAUGGAGGAGAUGUACGAGGAGUUUGGGGAGAUCGGUGAAGCGUCUCAAACGGAGAAAGUUUCAGAUGAAAACAAAAGCUUGAUGUGGACUUUGUUAAAACAAAUGAGGCCGGGAAUGGACUUGUCUAGGGUUGUUUUACCAACCUUCAUAUUGGAGCCACGUUCAUUCCUCAACAAGCUUUCCGAUUACUACUACCACGCCGACAUACUCUCCCAAGCGGCAGUUGAAGACGAUCCGUUCUGCCGGAUGAAGCAAGUGGUUAAGUGGUAUUUGUCUGGGUUUUAUAAGAAGCCGAAGGGAAUAAAAAAGCCAUAUAACUCGAUUCUCGGCGAGACGUUCCGCUGUUGUUGGUACCAUCCACAGACAAACAGUCACACGUUUUACAUAGCGGAGCAGGUUUGUCAUCACCCUCCGGUCUCUGCCUUCCAUGUCAGCAACAGAAAGGAUGGUUUCUGCAUUACGGGGAGCAUUCUGGCACGAUCUAAAUUUUACGGUAACUCGCUCUCCGCCAUAUUAGAUGGAAGGGCCAGACUGACGUUCCUCACGCGGGAGGAAGAAUAUAUCAUCACCAUGCCGUAUGCUCACUGUAAAGGACUCUUAUACGGCACCAUGACCAUGGAGUUGGGAGGGAAAGUCACCAUAGAUUGCCAGAAAACUGGACAUUCUACGGAGCUGGAGUUCAAGCUCAAGCCCUUCUUUGGUGGCAGUGACACGCUUAAUCAGAUAUCCGGGAAAAUCAAAGCCGGCGCUGAUGUUUUGGCAAAUCUAGAUGGGCACUGGGACAGAGAAGUUUUUCUGAAUGACGCUCAGAGCGGCACCAGGGAUGUAUUUUGGAAUCCGACCACAGAGAUCCGGAGACAAAGACUGAAGCGUCACAUCGUAUUGUUUGAGGAACAGACAGAGAUGGAAUCAGAGAGGUUAUGGCAGCACGUGACAACGGCAAUCUAUGAAGGGAACCAGCAGCAGGCGACGGAUGAGAAAUACAUUUUAGAAGAGGCUCAGAGGAAAGCAGCGAGUGUGCGGAGAGAAAGCAACGAGGAGUGGAGUCCUCAUCUCUUUGUCUACAAUGAGGAGCUGAAAGAAUGGCAGUACAAGCACCAAGACACCCGUCCCUGGCACCCGCUCACCGACAUUGCGCAAUACGAGAAGGACGGCAUUCUGCAAACCGUGAAGAGGAACAUAACCAGCAUGCUGGCGCCAGCAAAGGGCUCACAGCAUAAGAGGCCGAUACAAGACGGAAGACACCGCAAGUCCAGCGAGCAACCUUCCAUCAGCAGCCAAACCACCGAGAGCAGCUGCUCCACCCCAGAACCCGCGCAUGACUCUUCAGAUAGCGAAGGUUUUGCCGCCCGUUGUCCUCAGUGUGGGAAGGAAAAACACAAACUUCGGGAGAUCCAGGCUGCGGUUUCAUCUCUGCAAAAAACACAGCAAGAGAUUCACAGAAGCCUCAACACGCUAGCCAAUCACGGCUCGUUUACGGCGUGCUCGCCGCGGGACGCCUCUCGGCUGACUUUCCGCCAUUGGGUCUUCCUCUGUCUCUUUCUGGCCUGCCAAAUACUCAUGAACUUCGUCUUCAAAUAGGGAGGGUGACUUGAAGUUAACCCCUUCCCGUCUGAGCUGCUGACCAGGUGGUGAGAUGGUUAAUAUGCGCUGCUGUCCUCAUAAAACGAACAAAUUCCAGAUGCCUUUGAUGUAACAAAAAGGAGUCAAACAGAAUAUGCAUUCAGUACGUUGGAUUUAUUAUUCUUUUUCUUUAACGGGACUCAUUAUUGACUGGGGUCAGGUUGGAACUAAUAACCCAUCUUUUCUGAUUCCUGAAUGGCUGUUGCCAUGUCAGCAGAAUAAUACAACUCCCUUUGCCUGACAAA